GAUGAAGACGAAGACAUGGAAGUGGGACGAUGUGGAGAAGAGGCUGGUGCAGAUGGGGGUCACGAGUAGAAAGGCCGUCGAUUGCGGGAAGAAAUGGGACAACCUGUACCAGCAAUUCAAAACCGUGCACAAGUUUAUGGGAGAAUCGGGGAAGCCAAAUUUCUUCACACUGUCGCCAGGCGAGAGGAAGGAGCGGGGGUUCGAUUUUCGGAUGGAUGAGCGUGUGUAUUCGGAGAUGGCGGCGAUGACCAGGAGCGAUCACACCAUACACCCCACUACUCUCGCCGACACCGGUGCGACUGGAGGUGUUCAAAUGCCCGGCCCACGCGGAGGUCGGAAUGAAUCCGGCGGUAGUGAGGGGGGCGGGGAUGGACAGGACGAUGAUCAGGAGUCCACGAGGGAUUCUAUCAACGGCGGUGGUGUUGGCGGGGGCAGCAAACGGAAGAAUGUGAGACAGCAGACCUUCGACACGAUUGCAGACGUGAUGAAGGAGCACGGGAGUCUGAUGGCGACAACUGUGGACAGCGCGAGCAAGAGAUAAUUCCGAUUUGCGGAGCAGAUGCCCCCACGGGGCGCCUCGGCGAGGGGCACGAAAGAUGGCGGGGUGGGCGACGGUGGGGAAACCAACAAAGGCAGAGGCCACAUACCCAAGUCGAAAAGGCAGUGCAUCGAUGAUGCUAGCUCCUCACGAACUUACGACUUCCUCGCAGACGAAGUGGCUAUGGUGGACGCGCAAGGGACGACAGGGGUCAUGGGGUUGGGUUUCGGGCGGGAUGGAGUGUCGAGGGAGCAGCUGCAAGCAGUGAAACGCAGCGUUGUUGGCGGUGCUGCCGGGACGGUGCCAAGGACCCCAAACACGGCAGGGGUUGUCGUCACGGGCGCGCGGGUCGCGGGACAAAUUUCGGCGGCGGCAGGUCAAGACGGAAAGCGGGAGGGCAAUGACGGCGACGACCGUCCACUUGUGCCGAGGGGGAAGGGAGCGCCGAAGGAGGAUGAGCUGGAAGAGAAGGCAAAGUUGUGGGUUGAUUGCGACGCUUUCUGGGGUCAGGGUCCCGGGAAACCUUUGAGGGAGGCGGUAGGCGAAUGCACCGACUACUUCGUCGCCAUCGCCAACGGAGACGCAGGAGCUGAGCCGCCUUCGAUGCUCAUCAUGCCGCCGAAUGACGUGCCGCGCUUCAAGAUCGACGACCCGGCGCAGCGUGAUCCAGCUCUCUGCAGAGCGCGCAGCGUGGAGAGAGUACUGCUGCGCACCAUCCACGGUUGGAUCUUUAAAUCUCAGUCGAGGUCGACUGGCUUCUUUCGUGCAGAGUCCUACAUCACCGUCGAUUUCGCCACGGACCUUGCACGAGCAGUUUGGCAGGCCUUGGAAUGGUCGAGAGUGGUAUCCCAUGCACUCGUCUACCACACGUUGGCGAUGAAGAUGGACGUGCCUCUGUGGUUCGCGGGGGUGAGGAUCGAGGACCGCCCGGAAGACGACGACAUGGCGGUGCGGCAGGAGGCGACAAUUCCUCUGCUGGCGGAGUGCUGGACUGAUGCGCUGUGGUGCGGACAGUGGGCGGAUGGCGGGCGUGUAAAACAGGAGAGGUCGUCCAGGCUGGCGGACAGUCUGCGAGAGUUGUUGUGCGGGGUCAUGUGGAUCAUGCACAUGGGAGGUGACGACGAUUGAUCGCAUUACGAGGCAUGGUUGUACGCGUCCAUGGUCGAGAAACCGACGAUGAUAGCGGCGGGGUCGUACAUCUUCAACUGGCGCCGACACGU